ACUGGCUUUUUAGCGACGACACUUUUGUACAGUUUUACAGUACAAUUUGUAUCUCAUCUCUAAUAUUCUGCAAUUCUUUUCGUAUAAUUCGAUUAAACUAAAUAAAUAAACGCGAAUAGAAAUACUAAAAGCAGUGAAUGCGUGUUUCCGCCUGGUUAUUUCUGUUGUUCAACAAACGCGGACCUGUGAAAGUGGUGCAGACUUUAUUUUGGCCAGGCGGCGUGUUUUCCCCGUGUUCUUUUCACCCGUAUUCGAGAAAUGGGCCGCGAUCCGUAGGCGGAAAACGUGGAGAAGAGGAAGGGCAAAGGAAAAGCGGUGGAGACGAGGAGAGGGCAAGGAGGAGCGGAGUGCGAGGAAGAAGUGCGAAAAGUGUUUGGGGUUAUGUGCUAGAGUCCCCGCGGGGGGAUUUUCAGCUGGUUGGAUCCGCAACGGAGACGUAAUCGUUCCGGGAAAUCGUUCGCGUGAAAAAAAGACGACGCAAAAAUCAUGGCAAGUGCCGUUCGCGCUAAGUCCGCCUCUGCCGCAGUCGGCGUCGCAGUCGAGGAGAGCAGCGGCGGCGGCAGCGGCAGUGACAGCAACGGCAGCGUCGCAGAGCAGCAGGUGUCCUCCAGUCAAGAGUCGGUGGAGUCCCUCAGCUCCCUCAUCCGCAAGCGGCACGAAAGCUACCUAUCCGGUCGCUCGGAUGAUCCCAUGCUGGUGAUAAUGGAGCACCUGGAACAAAUGGAGCGCUGGCAAACCGAUUCCCUAGAGGAGCAGAUGGCUGCCAGUCAGGAACUCACCCAGGAGCCGUCACUUCAGACCCUUCGCGACAUGGUGCGCGUCAUGGAGCAGGACGACCACUCCCUGCGCCUGAUCAUGAAGCACGUUGAGCAAAUAUACGAAAUCCUGGGCUUCGAUGGCUAUGAGCAGGGUUCCCUGAAGUGCCUGCGAGAGCUAAUCAAGACAAUAAGGAAGGAGUGGCCCCGGGACGACACCCUGCACCUGCUGAUGAAGGAUAUCAAGAGCAUACACACCCUGCCGCGCCAAGAGAACAUAUGCUUCGGCGAGCUGCUCAGGGACGACAGGUGCCCCCUGUCCCUGCAAACCAAGCGGCACAAGGAGCGCAUCCAAGCGAUGCUGUACGAGCGGCAGCCCUGGCGCAUCCGCGAGCGCAUGAAGACGGCCAGCGUGGCCCUGGUCCUGUGCCUCAACAUUGGCGUGGAUCCCCCCGAUGUGGUGAAGAUCCAGCCCUGUUCCCGGCUAGAGUGCUGGAUAGAUCCCAGCUCCGUCUCUCCCCCCAAGGCUAUGGAGCUGAUAGGCAGCAACCUGCAGAUGCAGUACGAGCGAUGGCAGCCGAGAGCCAGGUACAAGAAGUGCCACGAUCCCACCGUGGAGGACGUCAAGAAGCUGUGCACAUCGCUGCGGAGGAACGCGAAGGGGGAGCGCAUACUCUUCCACUACAACGGACAUGGGGUGCCCAAGCCCACGGCCAAUGGCGAGAUCUGGGUGUUCAACAAGACCUUCACACAGUACAUCCCCCUGAGCAUUUUCGAACUGAUCACCUGGAUGUCGGCGCCCUCGAUCUACGUGUACGAUUGCUCCAAUGCCGGAAUCAUCAUCAACUCGUUUCAGCCGUACGCGGAACAGCACGAACAUGAGUUGGAGAAGGCGCUGGCCGCCGCCCAGCAACGGGGCGGUGUCCAGCAGCUGUCCGGUGGCGCCGGUGUCGCCGCCAAUGCCGCCGGCAACCAGGUACAGCUGCCCAACCAGCUGGUCAGCUACAAGAAUUGCAUACACCUGGCAGCCUGUGCAGCCAACGAAAUUCUGCCUAUGAAUGCCCAGCUGCCGGCGGAUCUAUUUACCAGUUGUCUGACCACACCCAUAAACAUAGCCCUCAAGUGGUACGCCAUGCAGGAGAAGCUGGGCAUGGUGCCACGAAUCCAAAGCGAGCUGAUCGACAAGAUACCAGGCAAGGUCAACGAUCGACGCACCAUGAUGGGUGAACUCAACUGGAUAUUCACCGCCAUCACGGACACGAUAGCCUGGAACACGCUGCCCCGCGAGCUGUUCCAGCGCCUGUUUCGCCAGGAUCUGCUGGUGGCCAGCCUCUUCCGCAACUUCCUGCUGGCCGAGCGCAUCCUGCGUAGUCACGAUUGCACACCCGUUUCGUUGCCCGCCCUGCCGCCUUGCUAUCGCCAUCCGAUGUGGAAGGCGUGGGAUCUGGUGGUGGAUCUAGCCCUGCAACAAUUGCCGGAGAUCCUCGAUCACAAUGCCCCUUACCGCCAGUUGCCGUUCUUUGAGCACCAGCUCACGGCCUUCCAAGUUUGGCUGGACAGCGAAUCAGAAUCGAGAACGCCGCCAGAGCAGCUGCCCAUCGUGCUGCAAGUGCUCCUGUCGCAGGUGCAUCGCCUGAGAGCCCUGGAGCUGCUGGCUCGAUUCUUGGACCUGGGUCCCUGGGCCGUUAAUCUCGCCCUGGGCGUGGGCAUCUUCCCGUAUGUGCUCAAACUGCUGCAGAGCUCAACGCGCGAGCUGCGACCCGUUUUGGUGUUCAUUUGGGCCAAGAUCCUGGCCGUGGAUCCCAGCUGCCAGGUGGAUCUGGUGAAGGAGUACAAAUACUUCCUGUCCGUGCUGCAGGACACCUCCGUCUCCAAGGAGCACCGCACGCUCUCCGCCUUCGUGCUCUCCUCCAUCGUGCACAACUUCCUGCUGGGACAGACGAGCGCCCUGCAGGGGCCACUGCUCUCCAUUUGCCUGGAGCAGCUCAACGACGGCAGCUGGCUGCUGCGCCAGUGGCUGGUCAUCUGCCUGGGCAUGUUGUGGCAGAACUUCGAGAAGGCGCGCUGGUCGGGUGCCCGAGAUCUGGCGCACGAGAAGCUGUACGUCCUGUUGCGGGACUCGAUUCCGGAAGUGAGAGCUGCCGCCGUGUUUGCCCUGGGCACAUUCAUCAGUUCCGUGACGGAUCGCAGCGAGGAGCAGGCGAAUAACAUCGACCGCAUCAUUGCCAUCACCAUGCUGGAGACCGUUGGCGAGGAUAUGUCACCGCUGGUGCGCAUGGAGCUGGCCGCCGCCCUGCAGUGGAUGGUGCUGCUCUUCGAGUCGCAGUUCGUGGCCGUCUAUCUCGCGGAGCACAUGCGCGGUCAUGCCUCCACCGCCUCGUUUGUGAUGUGCGGCGAUCCCCGGGACUUGACCUCUUCCACGCACAGCCUGGAGCGCCAUGUGACCAUGCGUAGGGGUGCCAGCUCCAGCUCCAUAUCUAACAUGGGCGGAGCCUCGACCAGUUCGGGCGGCAGAGGAGCAGCCGGAACCGCGGGAGGCACCAACAGCAUACCCUUCCAGUCGAUCUUUACCAAACUGUGGCUGGGCAUCUGCAAUCUGGCCCAGGACCCGUUUCCCCGCGUUGCGGCCAUUGCCCAGGAGAUUGUAGACCAUGUGAGGAACACGGCGCUGUGCCCCAUCAUGGCCGCCAAGGAGGCCACCAUGGCCACGGCCUCGGAGAAGUGCAGCAGCCUGAGUGUGAGCCUGCCGCCCAGUCCGAACACAAGAGUGAAUUACCUGGGUGGCGGCGGCGGAGGACCGGGAGGAGCAGGAGCGGCCGGAGAAUCCCCGCCAGUCGGAGCAGCUGCCUCGGGUGCCAGUCACUGGGCCCAGAAGCUGCGACUAUCGGGCAGCGGAGGCGGCGUCGCUGGCGGAGAUCCGCAGACGUUCCUGCAGCGCAAGCUGCGCACCAGCUCCAUCAACGAUGAGACUGACAGCGCACCAUCCUACUCCAGAGGAGCAGCGGGCGCCGGAGCUGGCCUGGGUCUGCCCAGCGGACCGAGGGAGAGCACCCAUUCGGCGCGGAGCAGCGGCAGCGAGAGCAAUCAGUACUUGGAGCCGGGACACAGCCUCACGCCCAUUGUCCUGACCGAGUUCAUACCCUGGGCCAUUUCCUAUUUCACGCGGCCGGGCAAGGAGCGCUACAGCAGCGCCGAGGGAGCGGCGGAGGAGGGCCGCCAGCGUUUCCCGGUGGAUCGCAACUCCACGGAGUUGCGGCGACGGAGGUCUCGCUUCAUGAGGAACGAUUUCGUGCGCCGGCUUGCACGCCGCCAGCACCAGGAGCAGAGCGAUCGGUUCGGCUACGAUGUGUGCGUGUGGAACCGGAAGACGCAGUUCACGCCCUCCAUCGUCAAGCUGUUGCCGUAUGAGCCGCAGAUUGCGGUGGCCUACAGGGAGAAGGUUCUGGUCUACGACUUCCAGUACAAUUCGGUGCGCACCUACGGCGCUGAGGCUCUGGGAGGAGCCAACACCACCGGCUCCAGCUCCGGAUACGGAUCGGGUUCCGGGUCAUCCUCCUCGCUCAAUGGCAGCACUCCGCGGAAGUCGGGCCUGCCACCAGGAGGAGGGGGAGGAGGUGGCUCACCAGCCGCCCCCUUUGCCCGCGUAAGCAGCAUCGAGUUCAUCAACGCCCAGGACAUGGCACUCAAUCUGGUGGCCCACGAAGACGGGGUGGUGCGUGUCUGGCAAUCCUCGCCGCCGGUCAGCUCUGCCACCACCGAGGAUUCGCCGAGCAAGGCCCGCUUGGUGACCGCCUGGACAGCGCUGGGCCAGGCGAAUCAGCACGGCUACCGCCAGCGCAGUAUUGCCACCGGCGGGAGCAUUGGCAAGGGCGCGGAUGCGUCGGCACUCGCGAUGAGUGGAUAUGGCUCCGGGAGCAUCGUGACCGCCUGGCAGCAGUGCAGCCAGCACCUGGUGAUAGGCGGCGGAGGCUGUCGAUUUAUCCGCAUCUGGGACUUGGAAAGGGAGCUGAAACUAUCGGAUAUUCCAUUGGGUCGCGGUGAAUCCUGCGCCCGGGUGCUGGCACCCUACCAGCCCAACAUGCGCUCCGACGUGAUCCUCGCCGGCUGUGACGACGGCAGCGUGCUGCUGUUCGACAAGCGAUGCUCGCCGCAGGACGCCAGGAUCUCGUUGUACCGGCGCCACAGUGCCCCCAUUCUGCACGCAUGCCUGCGGUCCAACGAGACGGUCCUGGUCUCCGGCUGCACCGAGGGCCGCAUCAGCGUGAUGGACUUGCGCGCGAGCCAUUUUGCUAGUGGCGUCGGCGAGCAAGUGAUGCACGAGUGGGACGCCGGUGGCGAUGUGACGGCCAUAGCCAGUCACCAAAUAGCGGACACCGUGGCCUGCGGCAACGCCUCCAAGAUCGGCAUCUACUCGCUGGACGGACGGGUGCAGAAGGUGUUGCGCACGAACGAGGGCUUCAUUGGGCCCAAGAUCGGCCACCCCACCUGGUUGUCGUUUCACGCGUACAAGGUGCAGCUGGCGGUGGGCUUCGUGGACAACACGGUGGCCAUCUACAGCCCCACGCCAGUUCUAUAAGGGCUGUGGAAAGUGGAAAACAGACGUCGAUAAGAAUCCCGAAACCUUGGUCAACGCACGCAGGUUCCUCGCGGAGCCGCAGAUGCAGUCAGCAGUGGAGCAGGUGC